AAAUGUGACUGGAGUGAGGUUUGUUUUAAUAAGUACUGCUAGUAGGUCCGCGUUGCACGAAAUCUGAUCACGAGGUGGAGAGAUGACAAACACUAAGGGGUAUCGUCGGGGUACGCGCUACCUAUUCUCCCGGAAAUUCCGACGACAUGGCCAACUCCCGUCUUCGGUUUAUAUGCGAGUGUAUCGACGUGGUGAUAUUGUGGAUAUUAAAGGAGAUGGUGGUGUUCAAAAAGGUAUGCCACACAAAUCAUACCAUGGUCGGACCGGUCGUGUUUACAACGUCACUCCACAUGCUGUUGGAAUAAUCGUUAAUAAACGUGUUGGUAAUCGCAUAAUUCCUAAACGGAUCAAUGUGAGGAUCGAACACGUGAAGCCUAGCAAGUGCAGAGAAGAUUUUCUCCGUCGUGUGAAAGAGAAUGAUGUGAAAAGGCGUGAAGCAAAAGAAAAGAACGUGUUUGUUCAACUCAAGCGACAGCCUGCUCAACCAAGGGCAGCUCAUAUAGUGAAGACCAAGAAUAAUCCCGUAGUUACAGUCCAUCCACUGCCUUACGAACUGAUUGCUUAAAUCGAAUAAAGUUAUUGACGAGAGUUCGGCUGAUUGUGUCAAGUUGAUUGGUAUUUGUGCUUCGACAAAUUCAUUAAUUCGAUAUGCACGCGGGCUAGAUUGAAGAGAGUAGUGGCAUAUUAUCAACAACUGCUCGAAGGAUCACAGUCAGUUGCAGCGCAGAACCUUCCACGUGCGUACAUCCUGGGCAAGCGAUCGUCGUUUCAAAUAUAGCAGAAUCGGAGGUUAAGGAGAAUAUGGAACAUCAGAUAUGUGAAUUUACAAUCAAAAGACGGUAAAAAAAUCGAAAGGGGGACAUCCUUAAAAAUCCAGUAAAUUAGAAAAUAGACGAAUAGUGGGU